CUCUCACUCUCUCUCUUUGUCUCUCUCUUCAUUUCCCCCGAAACUUAUAACCAAUACUCUCUCUCGACGAUCAUCAUCUUCUACACAUCCAUAUCUCUCUGAUCUUCUUCUUUCUCGAUCAUCGUCGUCUUCUUUUGCUUACAAACGAGUAAAUCACAUUUGAUACACAUCUAACUUACACAGAUCGAAGAAAAGAAAUUAUGGAAUCAGUGGAUCAGUCAUGUAGUGUUCCUCCGGGAUUCAGGUUCCAUCCAACUGACGAAGAGCUCGUAGGUUACUAUUUGAGGAAGAAAGUUGCAUCGCAAAAGAUCGAUCUUGAUGUCAUUAGAGAUAUUGAUCUCUACAGAAUCGAACCAUGGGAUCUGCAAGAGAAAUGCCGAAUCGGAUAUGAGGAACGAAAUGAAUGGUAUUUCUUCAGCCACAAAGAUAAGAAAUAUCCAACAGGAACAAGAACGAACAGAGCGACCAUGGCCGGUUUUUGGAAGGCCACGGGUCGAGACAAGGCUGUUUACGACAAGUCAAAACUGAUCGGCAUGAGAAAAACACUUGUAUUCUACAAAGGAAGAGCUCCUAAUGGCCAAAAAACUGACUGGAUCAUGCAUGAAUACCGGCUAGAGUCAGAUGAGAAUGCACCUCCUCAGGAAGAAGGGUGGGUGGUUUGUAGAGCUUUCAAAAAGAAACCAACGACCGGUCAAGCCAAGAACACGGAAACUUGGAGCUCAAGUUACUUUUACGACGAAUUACAGAGCGGAGUAGGCUCCGGUAUGGAGCCUCUCAAUUACGUAUCUAAGCAGAAACAAAACAUUCUUGCUCAAGAGUUAAUGUUCAAACAAGAACUAGAAGGAUCGAAUAUCGGUUUAAACUUCAUCCAUUGCGAUCAAUUCAUUCAACUUCCGCAGCUCGAAAGCCCUACACUCCCUCUUGCUAAGAGGCCAGUGAGUUCAACGUCAAUAACACCAUCGGAGAAGAAUCAUAAUAAUUACAAAAGACCAUUAAUAGAAGAGGAUGAGAGCUUCAACGGGCUUAUAAGUAGCGGAAAUAAAGACAAGAAGAAGAAAACAUCAGUGAUGACAACGGAUUGGAGAACGCUCGAUAAAUUUGUUGCUUCUCAACUUAUGAGCCAAGAAGAUGGAGUUUCGGGUUUUGGAGGUCGUCAAGAAGACGAUAACAAUAAAAUCGGUAAUUGCAAUAAUGAAGAGAGCAAUAACAACGGAAUAGAGAUGGCUUCAUCGACGUUAUUGAGUGAUAGGGAAGAGGAGAACAGGUUCAUCAGUGGGUUCUUGUGUACGAAUUUGGACUAUGACAUAUAUAGCGAUUUGCAUGUUUGAUAAAAUGAUAACACUAAAUAUAUAGUAUAGUGCGUAAUGUUUGCUAUAUAGGUAGAAUAUAUUGAUAAAAUAUUACAUAUUAUAAAGAUUUUUAAAAGUAUUUUUUGUUGAUGUAUGGCUGUGAAUGAGUGAAGAUACAGUGUAUGCUAUUUUUGUGUGUGUUUGAUAUAUUAGGGCUUAGGGUUUUGAUUUUUAUGUAUCUGAUUUCAAAAUCAGAUUAUAUAAAAGAAAGCAGCAUGAAUUGA